GAUUCCGGUGCAUUGGUGAGAGUAUCAUCGUUAUUUCAAGAACAUCAAAGUAUUGAAAUAUCUAUAACGCUCUCCAUCUUAGUAUAUAUUUUUCCAUAUAUACAUAUAUAACAGUCAUCGGUUUGGUUUUGUGAGUAUAUGAUGGCACAAUCAAGCUACCCAACCGGGGCUAGUCCGGCGGCGAUUGUGAGCCAACAGUUUUGUGCUCCAUAUCCGGUGGAUCUGACCAUUGUGAGGAAGCUCUUGACCUUAAGUGAAGGCAACUUUGCAGUCACUGAUGUCAAUGGCAACUUGAUGUUCAAAGUCAAGGGUAAGCUCUUGAGCCUUCGCGAUCGCCGGAUCUUGCUGGACACCGCCGGCAACCCUCUCGUCUCUCUCCAACAAAAGAUAUUGUCUGCACAUAGAAGAUGGCAAGUUUACAGAGGAGAUAGCUCAGACUCAAAAGAUCUGCUUUUCAGUGUCAAGAAGUCUUCUUUGAUCCAAUUGAAGACUCAAUUAGAUGUAUUCCUUGCCACUAACACAAAAGAAGAUGUUUGUGAUUUCAAGAUCAAAGGCAGUUGGCUUGAUAGAUCUUGCGUCAUUUAUGCUGGAGAGUCUUCCACUAUCGUUGCCCAGAUGCAUAAGAAACACAGUGUUCAGAGUGUCGUGCUUGGAAAAGACACAUUCGCGGUGACUGUGUAUCCGAAUGUGGAUUAUGCCUUCAUAAUUGCUCUUGUGGUGAUUCUUGAGGAGAUCAACGAGGACAAAAAAGACGAGGAUUGAAAUUUCAAAUUAAAAUCAUCCUAAUGUAUGCUAAAUUACAUUAUCUUAAUUUAGAGUGCCAGAUCAACUUAUGUGUGUCUCUUUCACUCUGUAGUUAAUAUGAUCCCUGCAACUUUUGGAGGGCUCUAAAUAAAUAAACAAGUCGAUCUGUCUAGUGUA